UGAGCGCAGAUGUCCAAUCAGCGUCUAGGUCCCGCCCCUCGAGCGUGAAUUUAGGUGACUGGCUCCAACUAGCUUGUAGACGAGCAAGUGACUCAGCUUUGACGAUUUCAAUUUGUGUUUUUAUCGACAUAAAACAAACCAAACACUAUGAAUAACUUAAUACGAGCUACUGCCCGGUGUCUGCGGUCAGGGACAGCGGUCUAUAUGCCCAGACAAGCCGACGGACGCCUGUGGUCGGCCUCGGGACGGCGGUUCCUGUGCUCGGACGUCCAGAAAGACCUUGGUGAGAUAGUGAAGAAGGACAAGGUGGUGGUGUUCAUGAAGGGGACUCGGGCUCAGCCCAUGUGCGGCUUCAGCAACGCCGUGGUGCAGAUCCUGCGGAUGCACGGGGUGGACGACUACGCUGACUACAAUGUGUUGGAAGACCAGGAUCUCAGACAAGGUGUCAAGGACUUCUCCAACUGGCCCACGAUCCCUCAGGUGUACUUCAAUGGUGAGUUUGUGGGAGGCUGUGACAUCCUGCUCCAGAUGCACCAGAACGGAGACCUGGUGGAUGAGUUAAAGAAGCUGGGGAUCCACUCUGCACUGCUGAGCGCUGAGAAAGAAUCCAAAUAGAGGAUGAGUAUGAACCUUAAAACAGCUGACAAGACAGAGGACACAGUAAUCAAGUUGAAUCCCCUUCUCAUAUGAACCAACUCCAGGCAGCCAUGGAAAAAGUGAACUUGGAGUGCAGAUGAAAGUGACAAGAGUGAGCAUUUCUGGUGGCAGCACUUCAUUCAGAGUCUUGAAUAUCUAUGAUUAAUCAUGAUCAUACCUAUAAGCAGUGUGAUAUGGAGCUCCUGUUACUCUGCUUAUACCCAGAUUGUGUCAUAUUCUUUCUAUUUCUGUAGCAAUCGCUAUUCCUCUGCUGCUAAACUCUCUGCUGACUAGCCAGUAACUUUGCUAUGUUCAGUGCUGACCGGUAGAUGUUAACGGCUUUCACUGAAAACAGCCAAAAAUGUUCAGAAAUACCAGAUUGAAAGUGUGACAAUGCUGUUGCUUUGUUAUACAUGAGCAAACCCCCCCUUUUUGAUCUUUGAUUAUCACACGGUAGAAGGAGGCAAAGGCUGGGUUUUGUCCUGUCAUUUCAAUCUCGCAAAAAUCAAGUUUUAUCUAAAAAUAAAUAAAUGUGUUUUCUCAGAAAAUACAGCUAUGUCAAAUCAACACUUAAUGAAACAUUUCACACCUGGGUUGGAUGUUUUACAUUAAAAUUAUGGUAUCAUCCUCAUAUGAUCAUCCUGCCCUUUUGUUGCCUUUACUUUUCACCCAUUUCUUUUCCGGCUGUCCGUUCAAGACCAAAUAUCUCUCAGGUUGCACCAGGACUGAGUGAAGCUCUGUGUGAUGCUCUUGGGUCACACCAGAAACCUUCCAAAUACACUGCCGGGAAGAACAGUAGUUUACACCACAUAAGGAACGUAGCGAACACCACAUGUGGACCACACCUCAGUGACACCGUUUUAUAUACGUGCAUUGUCAACAUACAUGCAAUGGAACCAGCUAUGUUCCAUUUUUUUGUUCUUCCUGCCACUUCACCUAAUAUCUGCCCUCUGUUUUAAUGUCUGCACCCUCUAAAAGGCAACACUGUUUCUGUGCUUAAAUAAGACAGAGUUGUUGAAUAUGUUGAUGUCUGCUGUCACACAAUCUGCUGAGUGCUUUGUUUUUGAAGAGUUGGGUUUUGCUUCUUUUCUCCCUUUUUCAAUCCUACAUUAGAGGUUCUUCCUGCUGGACACAGUUGUAUUAUCAAAACAAUGGUCAUAUAGUACACUGUAAGAUAUUGUAUAUUGUAAGCAUAUUAUUAAAUGUUUGUGUUUUUUUUUAGCUCUAUGGAAACCCUGCACCAAUUAAAUAUUUUGUGACACAAAUAA